AUGGAGUGGGAAUUCGGUCACGGGCUGAGUUACACAAAUUUUGUGUAUGGUGCAGUGUCGCUGAGCAAGACCACGGUGUUAAACACAGAUGCUGCGUCACUUGAGGUGAGCGUGUUGGUCACAAAUGCUGGAUCAAUGGCUGGGAAAGAGACUGUCAUGUUAUUUCUCAUCCAGCCAUACCGCGCAAUUUCAGUCCCAGAAGCAAAACAAUUAAAGAAGUUUACCAAGCUAUAUCUGCAACCAGGAGAAACUCAAAAGGUCUCCUUCACCCUAACAUCUGAAGAUUGGGGAGUAUUUGACCCUCAAAUUGGCUCUGGGUUUUAUCGCAUCGUCGAAAAUGGCGUUGGAUUCAAAAGCGUGUCUCAUUGA